AUGGAAGAGCCGGCGCCAGAUGUCCGUGCAGAGCACGAGGGCGGCGAGGACACUGAGACGGAAGGGGAGGUGGAUGAGGCGGAGGCGCCGGAUCCUGAAGAGAUGCGGGCGGCCCUGGGCGGCGUCGCCACGGGCUUGGCCGAGCAGCUCACGACGAUCACCCAGGAGGUGAACAAGAUUCGCGAGGAGCUUUACGGUGACAAUGGCAUCGGUGGCAUCGCACAGGAGCUUGAGAAAAUGAAAGCCGGAAGCCUCGGAAACCUCCUCGAGGACACAGACCUUCCUAUCUCCGAAGGUGUGAGACAAAGGGCGAACGCAACGCAAGACACCAAGCCAAAGGGCGCGGGCCCGGGUCGAGGAGCUCCCUUCUCUCUCGAGCGCGAGCGGAAGCUCGAGGAGCUCAGGCGAAGGAUUGAGGACCGGCACACACGAGAGAAAAAGCCCGAAGGGCUUGGCUUCAUGGAGUGGAUCGUGAUCAUCUUCGUGAUGUUCGUGAUCGCCUACACCGCACUGCCUUCAUUCCGUGUACAGGUGAGACAAACAUUUCAAGAGCUUGUUCUCGGUGAGGUGCCAGAGGCAGUGGAAGAGGUGCAAGACUUCGGUGCCAUGGUAGAGGAAGACACAGACUCCUUCUUUUGA